AUGGAUUCAAGGCAUCCAUAUAGCCAGUCUUCUAGUUAUUUAGGCCUCCUUAACAGUCAACACGAAAGUGUUCUCCAUGAGAACUUUUCUUAUGAGAGUUUCCCUUCUGGAGCUUCUGAAAUCCCUCCUUUCAGUUCACAACAAGCUGACGCCCCAAUUCUACCUGAAGACACACCAGUGGACCGUAGGGAGAGAAUGAAGUGGACACCAGAUGAUGACGAGGUUCUAAUCAGUGUGUGGCUAAACACAUCUAAGGAUGCUGUUGUGGGUAAUGAUCAAAAGUCAGGGACCUUCUGGAAACGAGUAGGGGAAUAUGUUGCAGCAAGUCCUCACGGUAGAGAGGGUGGUGAAAAGAGAGAGCAUCUCCAUUGUAAGCAGAGGUGGCACAAAAUCAAUGAUCUCACUAACAAGUUCUGUGGUGCAUUUGCGGCUGCGGAGAGACAAAUUACCAGUGGUCAAAACGACAAUGAUGUUCUAAAGGUGGCUCAUGACAUCUUCUACUCUGACCACAAAUCCAAAUUUACACUUGAGCAUGCGUGGUGUGUGUUGAGGUAUGAACAGAAAUGGCUUAACCUUAACACCCCUAAAGCUACUGCCAGUUCGAAGAGAAGAAUUGGUGAGACAGGUCCCAAACUUCAACCACCAAUGUUGGUGAUCAUGAGACAAGGCCUGAAGGUAUCAAGGCUGCAAAAGCUAAAAGGAAUAAUGGUCAAGUGA